CGGCGCCUGAGCAGUCUGCAGUCCUGCUGCCAGCCCAGCUCGCCGACUGCAGCUCUGCGUCCCCACUGAGGUCCCUGCUGGUCACCUGCGCUAGGUGCGUCUCAUCCGCAAGGCAGAAAACAGCGGAGCAGCCACCGGACACCCCUGGAGCAAGCAGCAACAUGCAGCCGCCGCCAAGUCUGCGCGGACUCGCCCUGGUGGCGCUGGUUCUUGCCUGCAGGUCGGGAAGGGUCUGGGGAGAGGAAAGAGGGCUCCCGCCUGCCUGGGCCACUCCAACGCUUCUAGGGACUGGGGAGACAAUAACGCCACCCACUAAGACCUCCUUGCCGAGAAGUUUCAACUCCAGCCUGCCAGAGUCCCCGGCACCUGCGCAGGUACCUAAAGGAAGGAAUACGCCCGGGGGGCCGCCUCGUCCCCACUCCGCUCCAUCAUGCCACAGAAAUAUAGAGAUCAAAGAGACUUUCAAAUACAUCAACACGGUUGUGUCCUGCUUAGUGUUCGUGCUAGGCAUCAUCGGGAACUCCACACUGCUGAGAAUCAUCUAUAAGAACAAGUGCAUGCGGAACGGCCCCAACAUCUUGAUUGCCAGCCUGGCUCUGGGAGACCUUCUGCACAUCGUCAUUGACAUCCCCAUCAAUGUCUACAAGCUGCUGGCAGAAGACUGGCCAUUUGGAGUUGAGAUGUGUAAGCUGAUGCCCUUCAUACAGAAGGCCUCCGUGGGAAUCACUGUGCUGAGUCUGUGUGCUCUGAGUAUCGACAGAUAUCGAGCCGUUGCUUCUUGGAGUCGAAUUAAAGGAAUUGGAGUUCCAAAAUGGACAGCGGUAGAAAUUGUUUUAAUUUGGGUGAUCUCUGUGGUUCUGGCUGUCCCUGAAGCCAUAGGUUUUGAUAUGAUUACCAUGAACUACAAAGGAAGUCACCUACGAAUCUGCAUGCUUCACCCUGUUCAGAAAACAGCCUUUAUGCAGUUUUACAAGACAGCUAAAGACUGGUGGCUCUUCAGCUUCUAUUUCUGCUUGCCCUUGGCCAUCACUGCAUUUUUUUAUACUCUGAUGACCUGUGAGAUGUUGAGAAAGAAGAGUGGCAUGCAGAUAGCUUUAAAUGAUCACUUAAAGCAGAGACGAGAAGUGGCCAAAACAGUAUUUUGCCUGGUCCUUGUUUUUGCACUCUGUUGGCUUCCCCUUCACCUCAGCAGGAUUUUGAAGCUCACUCUUUAUGAUCAGAAUGAUCCCAAUAGAUGUGAUCUUUUGAGCUUUUUGUUGGUAAUGGACUACAUCGGUAUCAACAUGGCCUCCUUGAAUUCCUGCAUUAAUCCAAUUGCUCUGUAUUUGGUGAGCAAAAGAUUUAAAAACUGCUUUAAGUCAUGCCUAUGUUGCUGGUGCCAGUCAUUUGAAGAAAAACAGUCCUUGGAGGAAAAGCAGUCGUGCUUAAAGUUCAAAGCUAAUGAUCACGGAUAUGACAACUUCCGUUCCAGUAAUAAAUACAGCUCAUCUUGAAAGAAGGAAUAUUCACUUAAUUCCAUUUUCUUAAUUGGAGAGAAGUCAUUACAACAAAAUGAUACAUUUGCCAAAACAAAACAAAAAACUAUGUUUGCACAAAACCACAUAAAAAUGUAAGAGGGAUCAUUUUAACACUCGUAAUUCCACCUGACGUUUUAUGGUCUGUGUACAGCGUGAGAAAUGAGAAUUAAGAAAGCCUCUUGUGAAAGCACUUAAUUUUUUUACAGUUAGCACUUCAGCAUAGGUCUCAAUAGCUUCCAGUUUAUUCACACACCACUUACAUUAAAAAUGAGCUCACUCAGAAUUCCUGUUGAAGAGGUUUAUUCUUAAAUCAUGUGAAUCUGUAUAAAGAAAACAUGAAAUUUUAAAAAUCCUCCAAGAAACAAUUUUUUACAAACAGAGCUAUGUCAAUGGUCAGAGUGUAAUUAGGUGCAAAGUGUAAGAGCAAUUCAGCCAGUUAAUUUUUGCACAUUAAAAACAUUGAAACGAUCAGGAAAAAAUGUCAGAAAGAGAAAUCAAGGCUGUUUAUGAAAAUCAUUACACUCUGCAUUCAGAUAAGAUCAAAGAAACAGAGAAGGUUUGAAUUGCUAUCACAAGACUUCUUUGAACUGUCCCAUUCACACACUUUGCAAAGAAAGUAUCUACACUGUCUACAGUUUUGGGGGACUAUUAAAAUAUUAUUCUUCUUUCACUUUUGUAGUUUAAAAUCUAUUUGUUUAGUUCUGUUACCUGUAAAUACUUCGCUACAUAUACUACACAUAGAUGAUUAAACGAAGGGCAGGCCCCCACGUUCAUAGCUUUACAACCAAGAGACCCCAUAAAGGACAAAAUGUGAAUUGCCUGGUGCAGUCUUCACAUGGCAAAAGAGCAAGGAGCAUCCUCUCUCUCCCAUGGUCUCUAACAUUAGUAUAAUAUUAUAGUUAAAAUACUAUUUUUCAAAUUACCCAAAUUAGGCAAUUUAAUAGCAAUCUAUGAGGCUUAUUACUAAUUUUUAUAUCAUUUUUGUAAAUAACCAACAGAAAGGUAUCUGGACACAUGUUUUUCUAUCAACUAGAGGCAAAAUUGCUUCUUAGGACGAUGAAAAAUCUCUUUACUUUGUGCAUGCUUACCUAACUUUAAUCUCCUCAGCAAAGUGCCUUAGGUUGACUUGGGAAGAAAUGUGUGUGAAAGUAUGUACAAGAGAAACCAGAAGAGAGAGGAAAUGAGGUGGGGUAGGGGGAAACCCAUGGGGACAGAUUGCCAUUCUUAGCCCAGAGUUCGUCAUUGCCCCGUCACAGCAAUGCAAAAGUCCUGAUUCUGUUCCAGCAAAAUACAGUGCAGUGUUCUCAGACUGACUUUAGGAACAAAUUGGGCCCAAGAGCUUUAACUCUGGCUUAAAAUAUAACAGAAUUUUCAGGGGGUUUUUUUCCUUUUAGUAAGCCAGGCCACAUGUUGGAAAUAAGCAGGAAUGUUGCUUUCUGCCAGAAUCUAAUGUGAUGCUACAGUAAACCAAAACCCAACCAUAUGGCCAAAAAGAACAACAAUUAAUUCGUAUGUCACAACGAUUCUAUUUACAAAUCACCCACACUCUUAUUUAUUCAUUUCUUCCCAAUUUCUUUUUCAAAUGCCUGUCAUCAUAGAAGUCAUUUCAGACAUUUAAUUUUAAAUUAACUUUGGAUCACUAAUGUUUUCACAAUUUGUGAAUAUAUCUUUGUUCCUAUUUAAGUUUUACAUUAUUAUCAUGUACUGAGUUUUUAUAUUCUAAACCCUCUUCAUUUACAUCCUAAUCUCUUUCCUUCUCCAUGGCAGAAUCACGGUCUGUAAUAUCUUGCCGAAUUUUAAGAUUGCAUGCAAAAAGUAUUCAUGUACUAUUUGUAAUGAAAAUGUAUUUAGUAGCGUUUUUAAAAAGCUACUUCAAAAAUAUUAAAAAGUUGAUUCAGAAUGUUAACAUGCUGAUAAAGAGUGGUUAGAAACAAACAUUUUUUUUUACAUACCUAAAGCCAAGAUAAAAAACGUGUUAUCAUUCAACUUUAAAACAUAUUCCCUAAUAUAAAGAAUUGUUUAAUAUAUCAAUAAAACAGCAUUAACAUGGAUAUUAUGGCUCAUAAGAUUUAUAAGUGAUGUUGAUCUGUUUUCUCCUUUGUUACUCACUACUUACAUGGGUAUAAAAAGCACUGCUUAGUAUUUGAUAGUUCACAUAUGGCCAAAGUAAUAUAGUUUAUAACAAAACAUGGGGUAUGCUGUAGCUAACCUUAUAAAAUGUAAUAUAACCAUGUAAAAAUAAUCAUAUAUUUUGUUUUUCUGUGGUCACGUAAAGUGGCAACUACUGUAGUUGUUGUUUCCUUAUUAGGUAAACAAAAAAUAAAUAGUUUUUUAAAACCCA